GUUAACCACAUGAAAAUGAGGGUCCAAAAGUAUCCCUUCGCGAUACUCUUGAUAUUCGCAUAUGUCUUCAAGGCGUCAUGCAUGGGCAACAGCAGUUUAACCUUCGCUAUUGACGACACAAGCUCAAUGGGAGAUGACAUCGACGAAGUUAAAAGCAGUGCUAAUAGGAUUUUAGAUAUAGUGUUUAAUGAAAAGUCUAGUGUCAUUGAUAAUAUGGUCCUCGUGUCAAUUAACGAUCCAAAUCCUGUAGUGAGAGAAAACACCAAAGAUCGCGAUAGAUUCCAGCAAGCACUAGACGCUCUGCAACCCCACGACGACAUCAUACCCAAUGAUUGUCCAGAAACCAUCCAUGGAAGGAACUCUGCUUGCUUUACAGACGAGUCACUCUGA